GAUUGAAGCGAUCGAGGAGGAAGCACGACGAGGGUUCUCGACUCCAACAGAGCGAUUCUCGAGUUAGACUGUGCCGGAAAGCAUCCCGCAAGGCCGCACUGUCACAGCUCUGAAGCCCAGAAUGUAGGGUCCUUGGACUGCCGCCCUUUGUGCACCGAUAGGAGCCCCAAAAUGGCAGAGGGAGCGAAGGAGGAAGAGACCCAAGGUCUGUACGCCGUGCUGCCCUGGGACAAGUUCAGCAACUGGCUCCAUUGUGUCUGUGUGGUCACCUUUGACCUCGAAAUUGGGCAAACUCUCGAGCUGGUUUACCCCACCCACGUCCGGCUCAGCGAGCAAGAAAAGACAAAUAUUUGCUACCUGGCGUUCCCUGACUCGAACUCAGGCUGCAUGGGUGAUACUCAGUUCCACGUGAGGAUUCGACAGUCUCCUGGCCGACAGGGCCUUGCUCCAGACCUUGGGGUCUACAACUCCAAGUGUCCCGUCCAUCUGAAGGCCGAUCCGGGCUACUUUCACGGCUAUGUCUAUUUCAGACAAAUCAAGGACAAAACCAUCCCCAGAGGGUACUUCCAAAAGAGUGUUGUACUGCUUUCUCGUCUGCCGUUCAUAAGUCUGUUCCAUAAAGUUGCCCACAGGAUGGCAAACGAGUUUUUUGAGCGUGGCGAAACCAGUAUAGAAGCUGCGUGCCACGAUGUUGACCAGUGGGCUCCUCCCCUGCCUGGUGAACAAGUUUCCCUACCUUUACUAGGAGAGAUUCUACAGACUCAAAUUCCCUGCAAGAGCAGCAGUUUAACGUCGCCUGGGUCGCCAAGCAAAUGCGUGGUGCAGGCGCCUUCACCGACAGUGCUUCCUUCGGUGCACGACGUCAAUUUGUACAAGAGCUUCUGCCCCGUGUUGUCGCACGUGCACCUGCUCUGGGAGCUGGUGCUCACGGCCGAGCCCAUAAUCGUGAUGGCGCCGUCGCCGACCGUUUGUUCCGAAAUGGUCUACUCGCUUGUUACUAUGAUUGUGCCGCUGCUGUACUGCGCUGACUACAGACCCUUCUUCACGAUACACGACUCCGAGUUCAAGGAGUACACCGCGAAUGCCCACGCGCCGCCGUCUGUUAUUCUUGGCGUGACCAACCCUUUCUUCGCCAAGACCCUGCAAAACUGGCCUCAUAUCAUUCGACUUGGUGAAACCCAAAGUUUAGCCACCCCUCAAAAACAUAAGCUGAAGAAAGCGAGCAACCUGAAGAUGCUAGAUUCCAAGCCUGGCGUUUACACAUAUUACAAAUCGUUCCUGCAGAAGGACAAAAACAUAAUCAAAAAGUUGAUCAAGGGAACACAAAUGAAGAGGCCGUGUGAGGUGCAAAACGCGCUCCUCAGGCGCCACCUGCUUGAACUCACGCAGAGCUUCAUGAUACCUCUGGAACGAUACAUGGCCAGUCUGAUGCCACUCCAGAAAAAUAUCUCUCCUUACAAGUUUGUAAAUUUUCAGGCUGCUCCAAUACCCAAACCAUUUAAUCCUGACGACUUCAUCGCAACUCUGGAAACCUCAGGGCCGCAAUUGACCUCCGGAAUAAAAGGAGAUUGGGUCGGACUCUACAGGAAAUUCUUCAGGUCGUGCAAUUUCAGCGCCUGGUACAAUGCUCGAUACCAUGAAGUCAGUCUCAAACUCCAAACGUUGCAGCUGCAGGCCCUCUCAGAUGCGGACCUGAAGGUGUGGGUGCAAGGCAAGAAGGAGGUCGAGGUUGUGGACAUGGUGUUGCAAAUCAAACACAAAAUUGAGCAGAGCCAGUCAGAAGAGCUGCCCCUGAGUGGAGUGACCAAAGAACAGUUGCAAAAGCGCCUUGAUGACAUUAUUUUUACACUUCCUGAGGACUUAAGAGCCGUGCUCAAAAACUGCUGACCUUAAAGAAAUCAAGGCUACUCGAAAUGUGCCAGUUGUGGACAAAUUUAUUCGUAAAUAAUGUCAUAUUGAUAUUUCUUUUAACCGAUGAUUUUGAGCUGGGAACAAAGUUUUCAACUUUAAACAACGACUUUAGUCAGUUAUUCAAAUAUAUUAACUGAGAGAUUCUAUUUAAUUUUCACCUUAUUUGUGAUUUUCAUCUUAUUGGUUGUAACUCUCUGAUGAAAACUCAAACAUGAAUGAUUCUACGCCGUGUACGCUUAAUAACUUACUUUUAAAUAACUGCAGCUUGUGUAUGUACAAAGUGAGAAUAUUUUAGCAGCAGCAGCCGUUGGUGCUGUUUGUUCAUUUACUAACUCGGCACUAGCUGUUUUAGAACGAAACAUGAGAGGGUUAAUCCAUCUCAUUCCAACAUGACAAGUUGACGGGUCGCCGUAUUCUUUUGUAUUUGUGUGCUACAGUCAUUCAUGGAAUGUAAUUCAGAUGAAAAAAUGGAUAUUAGGGUAGUUGCAAUUAAAGCAGUGCAAAGAAGUGAUGAGUAUUGUUCGAGGGCUGCUUCCUCUAUCCUCGAAUCUCAAUUGCUAUUUUGUAUGUUUAUGAAAGUGCAGGCAAAAAAUGAUUGUAUAAUAAACACGAGAAGUGAGAGAUUUAACAUGGUAAAA